AUGGCACGACCUGCACUGCCGGCGUACGACGUCCUCAAGAACUUCAAGCAGCGGUGGCGGAAGGCGACCAAGCUGCGGGAGAUGUUCGGCGGCAAGGCGGCGCACCGGAAGGACGACGCGCUGCUGAAGCUGGAGCGCAUCCCCUGGAUCCUCAGCCCCUCCAAGCGGCGGUCUGCCGCGGCCGGCGACGCCGACGCCGAUGACGACGAGCGGGACCAGCCAGCCCUGCACGUGGUGCCGGACGGCGACCCGGAGCGGUGGCACGCGCAGGUGUUCCGAUCCGUGGAUGCCGGGUCAGUGAAGCGGUUCCCGCGGCCAUGGGAGCGUGCCGAGAUGGCGCGGCGCCACCUGGUCGGCGACAAGAACCUAGCCAUAGAGCAGAGCAUCCACACGGCGUACGUGGCGGCUGUUGGCGCCGGCUGCCGGAAUGGCUGCGCCGACGGCGAUCGGCAACGGCCAACGAUCACUCUCUCCGCUCACGACGUCGCACAGGAACGCGAAUGGGAACACGAGAGAGCAGUUUUGCGUCGCACAAUGUCGCGACCUUUUCUGGCUUGCUUUCUUUGA